AUGUGCGAAUUAUUCUUCUUAUGAUCGGUUGCUUUUGCUAGAAUAAUAACUUGUUUUUAGAAGAUUAUAACUUUGUUAGAAAAUUGGCUGUGUGAUCAAAGUUGCGCAACGGUCAUUCUCAAUAAAAGAGCUAUCAAACAGCCCUAACCAUGGCCAAACCCAGUGCCAAGUGGACCGAUCUCACUAAGCCACUCAGCGCCCCGGUGCUUCAAGUGAUAGAGGGUUUUGGCUUCCAAAAAAUGACACCGGUUCAAGCAGCUACAAUCCCAUUGCUCCUAUCGUACAAGGAUGUCGCCGCUGAAGCAGUUACCGGUUCCGGCAAGACUCUGGCUUUCGUUGUACCAUUGUUGGAAUUGUUGCUAAAAAGACAGCGUGACACGGCUUGGAAGAAAUCUGAAAUCGGUGCAAUAAUCAUUUCCCCGACUCGAGAGCUAGCCGUGCAAAUUAGCGCUGUGCUGCAAGGUUUUCUGGAACAUGAUCAAUUGUCGAUGUUCAAACAGAAACUUCUGAUCGGAGGAAAUCCUGUCGAGGAAGAUGUGGAUUCGAUCAGGAAAGAAGGAGCAAACGUUCUUAUUGCUACUCCGGGUAGACUCAAAGAUUUGUUCGAGCGGAAGGGUGAUUUGAAUUUGACGGCAAAGGUAAGGGGCUUAGAGUUUCUCGUGCUGGACGAAGCGGACAGGUUGUUGGAUCUUGGUUUCGAAACUACAAUCAAUACAAUUUUGGGGUAUCUACCGCGACAAAGAAGGACCGGUCUCUUCUCGGCUACGCAAACCAAGGAAGUGAAGGAUUUAAUGCGUGCCGGUUUGCGUAAUCCGGUGUUGGUCAGUGUCAAGGAAAAGGCCACCGUCAGUACACCGAAGUUGUUGCAAAAUUAUUACGUUAUUGUUGAGCCAGAGUUUAAGCUUUCCGUCUUGUUGGAUUUCAUUGAAAAGCAACAGGUGAAAAAAGCGAUGCUUUUCUUCCCAACAUGUGCCUGCGUUGAGUAUUGGGGAAUUGCUUUGACCGAGCUACUAAAACCGACAAAGGUGCUGGCUCUUCACGGAAAGAUGAAAUCACAGAGGAAUAAAAUUUUAAAGGACUUUAGGGACUCGGAAAACGCUCUGCUUCUAUGUACGGAUUUAUUAGCACGGGGGGUGGACAUUCCGGAAGUGGACUGGGUGUUACAGUGGGAUGCACCAUCAAAUGCAUCUGCCUUCGUACACCGAGUUGGUCGGACGGCACGUCAAGGCAACGUAGGCAAUGCACUAAUAUUGCUUCUACCUUCGGAAGAUGCCUACGUAGACUUUCUGACACGGAAUCAGAAAGUUUCACUAAAGAAAGUAACAUUGGAAGCGCAUGAGAAAAAAUUUCAGGAGACACUGAAAGCUCUUCACCGAAUCCAAAAGAGCGACCGUGGCAUCUACGACAAGGCUAGUCGAGCGUUUGUUUCCCACAUUCAAGCUUACAGCAAGCACGAGUGCAAUCUGAUUCUAAGGGUGAAAGAUCUCGACUUGGGAAAAGUCGCCACCAGUUACGGAAUGCUUCAACUGCCGAAGAUGCCAGAAAUGAAGGAACAUUUCAAAAAGACCUUCCAAGGACCAGCUGAGCCAAUCGACAUCUACAAGCUCACCUACAAAGACAAGCAGAAACAAGCUUCGUACGACAAGAAACUGAAAGUGUACCAGGAAACUGGCGAAUGGAAAGGAAAGAAGAAGCUGAUGAAAAAGAAAUCCAUUCCUUGGGAACUGGCCAAACAUGAACGGGAAGAACGGAAGGAAGUUCGUAAGAAACGCAGGGAUGCCAAACAGAAGAGGAAAGCGGCCAUCGAAGCCGGAGACGUUGAUCCGACGAAGAAGAAAAAGGCCAAAUUUUCGAAGGAAGACUUGGAAGAACUGGCAAACGACAUCCGAACGCUGAAGAAACUGAAGAAGAAGAAAAUUACGGAAGAUGAAUGCGAUGAUGAGUUGGGGCUGGCCAGUGCGGAUGAUGAAUAGAGGUUCGCUAAGUAAUGUA